GCAGUGCCUCACCAGACAUUAACCUCACCGCACACCACUGAUAUAUAAACUAUCAGACUGCGUGGUCGCUAGUAGUGGCUUUCAGUAGGCCUUUAACAAAAAAAGGUGAAAUAACUGAAAACCUGUUUUAUAUUGUAGUUUCUUCAAAAUAGCCACCCUUUUCUCCGAUUACUGCUUUGCACGGUCUUGGCAUUCUCUGCAUGAGCUUUACGAGGUAGUCGCCUGAAAUGGUUUCCACUUCACAGGUGUCAUAGCUUUGAUGUGACAAUCUACAAUGUAAAUAGUCAUGAAAAUAAAGAAAACCCAUUGAAAUGAGAAGGUGUUGGCCUGUACUGUACAUAAUGAAUCCCUUGGGGCUCAAGACGGAGCCCUGUGGAACACCGCAGGUACAUUUACUUCUGCGUAUUUGUGUCCACCAAAGCAACUUUAACAUACUUUUUUUUUUUUUUUCCAAAGCUGUGUCUUUUCAUCUUUGGUUAUUAAUAACAUAAAACCCCUCCAGGUGUGCAAGAACUCGAAUGCGUAAUUACUGUGAUUAGUUCAACAGGUUAUUGUAGGUGUUUUGUCCUCAAGUCUCCAGCGUGUGCAGAAAUGUCAAUCAAAGUGGUAUUGACACGUUUGCGUGCAACCUCCCUCUUGUGUGCGGCGUCCUCUCAGGCGUGGGUGUGCGUUUGUCGGGGCGUCGGCGUGUCUCCUCCUGAAGAUGCCGCCGGUGUUCCGUUUGCGAGCGGGAGACGCUCUCUCGUAACAUUCCUGUAUACAACCGUCGUGCGGCGACACAAUCAAACACGGCUCAUCGGACUCGCUUCGAGGUCCUUCAGCAUUUUUGAUGACAUCCGAGCUGGCCGCCACGGUUGGAAAAAGCAUACACCGAGAAUAUAACUGCGAACGACGCACACAUCCAACAAGGCGUUUAAACGCGGUGCGGCGAGCGCCACUUGAGUCGUCAGGCUGAGAAUUUGCAGAAUGCCUCUCUUGGCGACAAGGACAGGUUAAAGGUCACUGCCUGCAGAUGUAAAGUCACUACAGGAGUGAGGAAACUUGAACUGAGAGUGAACUCUGGCUGGAAUGAUGACCCAUGUUUAGAAAGUGAGGGAUGAAGAGCGUGAUUGGCGAGGACUACGGAGAUCACGGUCAGAGCAUGUGGGAUUUAAUCGAGACGUGAGAGGUGUCUGUGACACGGCAGUAAAACGGCUGAUCAAACAAAACAGAAGUCACCGUCAUGGACCCACUGGCGAGGCAGACUCAAUUAGUCGGUGAAUUCACUGAGGAAUUUGAGCGCCGUGUGCUACACUCAGCCAGGAGGGGAACUAGGUGACACUGGACCAGCACCAUCAAAUACAGACAGGUGGGAACUCUCAUCCUCCAUGUUGGAAAUUAACAACACAUAGCAUGUUUUCUAUCUGGGAUUGUACGCUUUGGGCCUGGCAGACAUCAGGAAGGAAGCAGGAAGCAUGAAAAGUAGAAAAGAGAGAGACAAGAUGAUGUCUCACACUUGGAGGCUGCAAGAAGAUGGCUGCAACAUUGCGGGGGGAGGAGUUCCGGCUGGGCAGCACCCCUCUCGCCAUGCUGGCGGCCACCUGCAGCCGGGUAGGAGAGUCCAGUCCCCCCGGUGGUCCCCCCGCUCUCUCCCUGGGCUUCCACCCGUGGAAAAGGAGCGUGCUCCCGGUCACCUCCUCCAGGAGCAACACGGUGGGUUUCUCCGCGGAGCCUUCCAGCGCCUUCUCGGCCACCGGCGCCUCGAACCUCUUCGGGAGCGACUUCUCCGCCUUCCAGAACUCUGUGCCGGCGGCGGACGACGCCCAGCGAGCCGUCUUCCUCACCUCGCCUUACUCGCGCCUGCACCCGUACGAGCCCAGCUGGCUGAAGCCCGCGGGAGAAGUCGCGGGUGGGUCCUGCUGGUGGGACGUGGGCACCGCGUGGGCGGACUGUCAGAGCCAAGCGGAGCAGCACGUCGCCCCGGCGCAGCACCUCUUUGACGGCUUCCGGCCACUCGCCCCCGUGGAGUGCAACAACACCGCAGCGGCGGCGGGGAGCGCCGUCCUCCCGCUGCCGGCGUCCUCCCGCUCCUCGGCGCGGCGCUACACCGGCAGAGCCACCUGCGACUGCCCCAACUGCCAGGAGGCGGAGCGGCUCGGGCAGGGCGCGGCGGGGGCACCGCGGCCCCGGGCCCUGCACAGCUGCCACAUCCCGGGCUGCGCCAAAGUGUACGGCAAGACGUCGCACCUGAAGGCGCACCUGCGCUGGCACACCGGGGAGAGACCCUUCCUCUGCAACUGGCUCUUCUGCGGCAAGCGCUUCACGCGCUCCGACGAGCUCCAGCGGCACCUGCGCACGCACACCGGGGAGAAGCGCUUCGAGUGCGGCGUCUGCCACAAGCGCUUCAUGCGCUCCGACCACCUGGGCAAGCACGCGCGGACGCACGGCGACGACGAGGCGGCGGCGGCGGCGGGGGCGGCGCCCGGUAAGGGCGGCAGCGACACGGACACCAGCAGGGCGGGGAGCCCCACGCGGUCCCCGGAGAGACACGCCGCUGUCCACACUCGCCAGGUGACUUAAACUGCGGCCUUUUUCUCCAACACAUGAACACACUUACUUACUUACUUACUUACUUACUUACUUACUUACUUACUUACUUACUUACUUACUUACUUACUUACUUACUUACUUACCUCGCCUCUAACUGCAGACUUCCGGAACAAUAAACACCACUUUCACCUUUUUAGCUUCUUUA